CAUUAGUCCAAUCAAUAAAUGGAUUUCGCCGAUUUCAUAUUUUAAUUAUCUCGGAUCAAACUCUUAUUCAACGUCGUUGAAAAUUGAACCAGCACCACCAGGAAUUCAUUAUAUAACUCAUGCCGAUUUAACAUCUCAACAAAUUUACAAUUUAUUAACAUUAGCAAUUCAGCAUAAAUAUAAUGUGAAAUAUCUGAAUAAAAAAUCGGAUCAACCUUUGAGUGGCAAAACUUUGGCAAUAAUGUUUUCAAAAAGAUCUACAAGAACAAGAGUUGCCACCGAAACUGCGCCAAUGUUCUUGGGAUCCCAAGAUAUUCAACUAGGUGUAAAUGAAUCAUUGCUGGAUACUAGCAAAGUUGUGUCUAGCAUGGUAAACGGAAUAAUGGCGCGUGUUGGUUCCCACUCUGAUAUUGAGACAUUAGCAAAAUAUUCUACUGUUCCCGUGAUAAACGCAUUAUCAGACAAGUAUCAUCCAACACAAAUUCUUGCGGAUCUAAUGACAAUGCACGAAGUAUUUGGACCUCAACCCAAAGAUGAGUCAUCGUAUGUUGCACAUUUGACACAUCCUAAAAAAACACUCCCAGGAUUGAAAGUUGCAUGGAUCGGGGAUGGUAAUAAUAUAUUGCAUAGUAUGCUGGUUACAUUCCCGAAAUUAGGUGUGCAUCUAUCAGUAGCUACACCUAAGGGAUACAAUCCAGCAGAGGAAGUUGUAAAAAUCGCACAAGAUGAGGCAGUUAAAACUAAUACUAAAAUUAGUUUUACGCAUGAUCCUAAGGAGGCUGUAAAGGAUGCUGAUGCCAUUGUUACUGAUACUUGGGUUAGUAUGGGCCAAGAAACUGAAAAAGCGAAACGACUUAAAGACUUUGCAGGAUAUCAAGUAACGUCAUCAUUAGCAAAAGAUGGUGGUGCUAAAUCUCAUUGGAAAUUUUUACACUGUCUUCCAAGAAAGCAGGAAGAAGUUACAGAUGAGGAAGCUGAAAAUCGUAAAUGGACAAUUCUCGCUGUGUUAGAUGCUUUACUUGUAAAAAAAA